AUGGUCCACUGCUAUGUGCGGGGUUUCGUUUAUGAGCAAUGCCAACGUACGAUCAAAGCAGAUGUGCUCGUGAUCGGUGCUGGAUUCUCUGGCAUCACAGCCAUUCACAGAUUCAGGAAGGAGGGCAUGACAGUCAAAUGUUUUGAAUCUGGAGAGGACUUCGGUGGCGUGUGGUACUGGAACAGAUAUCCCGGUGCUCGCGUCGACUCGGAAAUGCCAUUCUAUCAAUUGAACAUCCCGGAAGUGUACAAGACCUAUAACUUCUCAGAGCGCUUCCCUGGGCAUCAAGAACUGCGAAAAUAUAUGGCACAUAUCGACAAGACUCUCAACCUUCGGAAAGACACUUACUUCAAUGCGAGAGUCAGCGAUGCUCGCCGCGACGAAUUGAAGGGCGUUUGGAGAAUCAAGACUCAGCAGGGUCACGUCGCAGAGGGCAAGUACCUCAUCCUGUGCACAGGUUUACUUCAUCGAACAUAUACACCAGACUUUCCAGGCCUGAGCGAUUACAAAGGAGAGAUUUAUCACUCCGGUGCUUGGCCGGAAGAUUUCAAUCCCAAAGGCAAGAAGAUCGGACUGAUUGGAGCUGGCGCUACUGCUGUGCAGAUCACUCAAGAACUCGGCAAGCAAGCAGACCAGCUGACUGUAUUCCUGCGAAGACCCAGCUAUUGUUUGCCGAUGCAACAGCGAGAUUUGACCAAGGUUGAACAGGAUCAGCUGCGACCCUACUAUCAAGCUCUGUUCAAAGAAGGCCGAAACUCCGCUGUUGGCUUCCCAUCGAAUCGACGCGAGCAGGGUGUGCAAGAAGUCAGCCAAGAAGAGCGUGAAGAACACUUUGAACGUAUGUGGAACACUGGCGGCUUUCAUUUCCAACUAUCCGGUUUCAACGAUACCGUCGUCAAUCCGGAAUCCAAUGAGAUCCAGUAUCAGUGGUGGCGAAAGAAAGUCUGCGAGCGCCUCACGGAUCCGGAGAAGAACAAAAUCAUGGCACCUCCCAAGAAGCCAUAUUACUUCGGCACCAAGCGCAGUCCGCUCGAGCAGGAUUACUACGAUGUCCUCAAUCGACCCAACGUCUACAUCCACGACCUCAACGCAUCUCCAUUGAAGAAGUUCACAGAAAAAGGUAUGCUCAUGUCAGAUGACAAAGAGUACACUUUCGACGCCGUCGUCCUAGCCACCGGUUUCGACAGCUUCACCGGCUCCAUCACCAAAAUGGGUCUCAAAAACAAGUCCGGCAUCGACAUCAAAGACAUCUGGGCCCAAGGCGUCAAUACCUACCUCGGAAUCACCGUGGGCGGCUUCCCCAACAUGUUCAUGGCCUACACCCCUCAAGCCCCCACCGCGCUCUCCAACGGUCCCACCAUCAUCGAAUCCCAAGUCGAAACCAUCGUAGAUUUCAUCAAGAAACUUGAAGCCGAAGGCGCGAAGAGUAUUGAGCCUCGCCGGGAAGCGGAAAUUGCGUGGAAAAAUUCUUUGAAUGAGAUGACGAAGCAUACGCUUUUUCCUUUUACGGAUUCGUGGUGGAAUGGCUCGAAUAUUCCGGGGAAGAAGGCGGAGAAUAUGUCGUAUAUUGCGGGGAUUGAUCUGUAUGAAGCUCAAGUGAGAGCGACUAUGGAUGGUUGGAAAGGGUUUGAAGUUGUUGGUGCUGCUUAA